UUGGAGUUUCCCUUGCGGUGUGAAGAUUAAUGGAAGGACUCUGUUGAUCUGAAGAAUCGCCUGUCAGGUGGUCGCUCCCCGGAAACCAUUGCAGUUGACGUCUGAAUUUAAGACACAAAUGGGGGGAAAUCAAUCCCUGUGAUCGGGAGUCGGGCUGGGUUGCAGAUUUUGUAGUUAUCCAGGUCCCCAGAUAACUGACGAGGCCCCGUCUUGCACAGAUAGCACCGGGCCGGGACUGUAGCUUUCGACGGUCUGUGUCUGAACUGGAGCUCUAAAGGGGGGGGCAAGGGGGGCACAACCUUCUGCGGAAAUAGAGGACAACUGCAUUUCCAACACUGGGAUUUGUACAUGUGCAGGGCUGAUAUAUCUGCUCGCCUUUUCCUCGCUAGCCUCGCUGAGCUAAAGCGUCGCUAAUAGUUGUAGACUUGGAAAACACUUGCAGCCUGCCAUCAUGGGCAACACGCCCACCGCCAAGAAGGGCAACGAGAUGGAGAGUGUGAAGGAGUUUCUCGCCAAAGCCAAAGAAGAUUUCCUGAAAAAAUGGGAGAAUCCAGCACAGCAAACUGCAGCAUUGGACCAUUUUGAGCGUUUGAAGACAUUAGGCACUGGUUCAUUUGGCCGAGUCAUGUUGGUUAAACACAAAGAGACGGGCCAGCAUUUUGCUAUGAAAAUACUUGACAAACAGAAGGUGGUGAAGCUGAAGCAGAUAGAGCACACACUGAACGAGAAACGUAUCCUGCAAGCUGUCAGCUUCCCCUUCCUGGUGCGGCUGGAGCACUCUUUUAAGGAUUAUAGUAAUCUGUACAUGGUGAUGGAGUAUGUGCCUGGAGGUGAAAUGUUCUCACACUUAAGGAGGAUCGGCAGAUUCAGUGAACCACACGCCCGCUUCUACGCAGCCCAGAUUGUACUGACCUUUGAAUAUCUACACUCACUGGAUCUCAUCUACCGAGAUCUAAAGCCAGAGAACUUGCUCAUCGACCAGCAGGGUUACAUACAGGUAACGGAUUUUGGAUUUGCGAAAAAGGUGAAAGGCCGGACCUGGACGCUUUGCGGGACUCCAGAGUACCUGGCGCCGGAGAUCAUCCUCAGUAAAGGCUACAAUAAAGCCGUGGACUGGUGGGCUUUGGGUGUUCUGAUAUACGAGAUGGCUGCCGGCUAUCCUCCUUUCUUUGCAGACCAGCCCAUUCAGAUUUAUGAAAAGAUUGUGUCGGGGAAGGUUCGCUUCCCAUCCCACUUCAGCUCAGACUUGAAGGACCUCUUGAGAAAUUUGCUGCAGGUGGACCUGACAAAGCGCUUUGGCAAUCUCAGGAAUGGAGUCAAUGAUAUCAAGGGUCAUAAAUGGUUCGCCACCACCGACUGGAUCGCCAUCUACCAGAGGAAGGUGGAAGCUCCCUUCAUCCCCAAGUGCAAAGGCCCCGGCGACACAAGCAACUUUGACGACUACGAGGAAGAGGAAAUCAGAGUCUCCUUCACAGAGAAGUGUGCAAAGGAGUUUUCAGAAUUCUAGAUGCUAAUCAUGACAGGUGGAAAGCGAGCGAGAGAGAGAAAGAAAGAGAUAGAGAGGAAAAACAGAGAUUUAGAAAAAUAAAAGGGGAUCUGAAAAACAGGAAGCACUAGAAUGGACUGACAACUUACUUAUUUGCGAUGUAAAAUCCCCAAAAAUGGAAAGGUAGGCAAAGUGAAGAAAGAUCUACAGAACCAGCAGUGUUGCCUUUUUCUGAUCGUUUUCUCAAAUGUUACCUAUUCAUUUUUGUUUUUGAUUCUUUUUUUAAUCCCUCCUUUGUUUGUGACAGGGGCCUCAGCAAAAACGAGCAUAGGUUGCGGCUGUUCAGCUAGACUUGAAUGUUUCUGAAGGCAUAAUGACACAUUUUUUCAGUCAUUUGAAAGUUGAGUCAUUGAUUUUGUUGUUUUUUUUUCUGCGAAGGUACUAAAUCUGUUUGGCUCCCUUUUUUUUUUUUUUUUGAAUGGACUUUGCUCUACAAGCCUCCGUAGCGAUUUGUAGAGAGAUUGUUGUCUCCUGUCAGCCUGGUUGCCCCUCCAUCUCUCCAUCCUGAAUCUGUCCAAGCAAUACCAAGUCCAACAGAUGUGCCUAUCAUAAUGCCAACUGGUUGGAAAACUGUGUCAAAAAGCGUCGGUGCAGAGUUUUGGCUCUAAUGGCAUCGGCCUCCUGUGGCCCUUUGGUUGAAAGCUCGAACGCCGUUUGCACCUGCCUUUCUCUGCUCAAUGUGGCAUGAUUAUUGGGUAGAUGAUGCAUUCAACUGCUCGAGUCUGAAGCAGGGGUGACCUCUUGAUCAAAAUGAAAAUUAUUUAUCACAGUAAACUUCAUCAAGGUCCUACUCCUCUGGGGACCCGCGGGAAGUACAUGUGAGCUCUGCAUUUAAGUCUGUCUUUCUCUUAGCUGAAUUUAUUAGAGCAUUUUAAAACAAAAAUUCUAUUGGUGAUCAUUUUGUCCUUUUUAUGUCAGUCUCUGUGCUUGUGUGUUAUUUAGUGCUCAAGGGUGGGUUAAGAAGCUGCGCUUAAGCAGCUGCUAACAUUGUGGUCACACUCCUUACUAUUGUUUAUUUAAUUCAUAGUACAUUUAUACGUGUAUAUUGAUAUAUAAGAUAGAGAACAUGAAUUAUCCAUCUUUUUCAUCAUUGUCUCAUAGCUGUGAAACUGAAUUAAUGUUUCAUAAAUAAAUGAAUAUAUAAAUUCUGCCAAAAUUUGCAGACUGAAAACAUUGCAGUUGUCUGUACGUAAUUAUGACGGUGGUGGAUUUUUAAUACACAAACAGUAGCAAAAUGUUUCAACAACAUGUGCAUGUUAUUUUUGUACUAUAUCACUUUUAAAGACAGAUGGCAGAGCGCUGUGCUUUAUCUGAGCUGAGGUACCAGAGGUUAUGGGUGAGAUGUUUAAAGUUGAAACGGGCGCUCGAUGCUCUAUCGCAGAUGGAACAAGACCCGGCUUUGUUUUUCUUGACUUUGUUAAUUAUUCGCGUGUAGAGCAAAGAUUUACGGAUAAUUGUCACUGAACUUGAUCUUCUCACCUCUACAGUGUUUUUUCUUCUCCCUCUUCUUUUAAUUUUUUUUCUUUUCUUUUAAUUAAUUCUCCUUAAUUGUAAUGCCAACACACGGAUUUGCAGUCCAAACCGAUUUUGGAAGUGUUUGCUUUCCAUUUUUCCAGCUUUCUAUGUAACAAAUUAAAGUAAGGAAGCUUUUCUUAAGCGGUCCUCUAUUUGCAAAGUUUAUUUCUGUGGAUGCAAGACAAUCGCAGACCAAAUCUUAUUGCUGGUUUGUUGACUGAACAUAUUGCUUUGGUUUGAAGAGUGUAGGCUUUCACCCACUGACCCUAAAAUGACCCUAGGUGCUAGACUUUGUCCAUCUCACUGAAAGGCUUCUGUGAAUUGUUUGAUGUGCUUCAGUCUAUUUGUCAAAGUCUUGUAACAUGACAUUUUUAGAAUGUUUUUCUUUUCUUUUGACUAAAUGAUUUCAGUAGGCCUGAAAGUUACUACUUUUGGCAGUGUCUUAACGUAGUCACGAUCAAACGGCGGAUACUUUUUUGAAUGUCUUGAAAUGCAGAUGUUUCGAUGCAGUUUGGAAACACGAUGUAUAUUUGUUAUUAUACAUGUUUCUUUGGUGAGCUUGGUUUUUCUUGCAUGUGGUAAAGCAGGCCAAUGGCGGGAUUUCCCCUUAUCCUGAGACGUCUUUUGAAAGAAGAAAAAAAAAAUUGUUUCCAGAGCUGACAGCCUCAUUACUAAUUUAACCAGUGAUUUUUUUUAAAUUUUUCUUUGUUUUUUUUAUUUUUUUUAGUUUGACCAUCACACUAAACAGCGCAGUGGAUCACAAAUCCACUUGUCCAGUUAAUUAAAAAUAGUAAAGCACAUGCCACACCUUUUCAAAUCACCUAUUUAAUGAAUAUAUGCUGAUUCUUUAAAACUUUUGAAAUUUAAUACUUUGAAGAGUGCAUAUGUAAUUUAUCUUUGCCUUUUUUUCGUGUCCUUUGAAAAAAGAAUAAAUCAGUUUAUAGUUAGACGACAUCUCCACUUGAUCUGCUUCAAACACUGAAACCCCUACUCUGGUUUUUGUUUCUAUUUUUUUCUUCCAUGCAGAACUUUAUGCCCGUUGUCUUUUUUUUAAUUAUAUUCUGCCAGCAUUACACUAUCAGCUGCUCUGCUAAAUUAUUUUUGUCUCCUGUUUGCCUUCUACUUUCAUCAAGUUUCCAUACAAUUUCUUCAGACAUAACACUUUUUACAUCUGAGAUGUUUUGCGUUCAUAUUUUCUAAUUGUAUUUUCAAAAAAAAAAAGGAGAAAAAAAAAAGCAAAAACAGAACAUUAAUCUUUUUUUCCUCAUGACCUGGGUACAGUGCUUGUGUAGUCUAUUGUACCUUUUGGGAAACAAUACUGUAUAUCCUUGCCUUUGACAGUCUUAACUAUCUUACCCUCUGGAGAACUUGACAGAUACCCUUAGAACACAAUGAGUAUGUUACAAAAAAAUAUAAACAAAGUAAUAUUUUGCAAAAUGUAUCAUUCCAAUAAAGUUUUACUUGUUAAGACUAA